GGAAAGAAAAAUGGCAUAAUCGCCUUCCAAAGAAGAAAAAGCAAGUGGUAUGCUUUACGUCCACUACGUGAAGUCUUUUCUUGUUCUUCCCAAAGUCGCAGCUCUCAUUCAUCUCAUUCCAGCGUCGGAAACGGGCGAUAUCUCUGCCCAUUGGUGCCAAUCCCUGGAACGAUAUAUAGCCGUCCAACCCAAGACCCGCCAUUACUCAUCUUUUACCAGACAUCCGGCAAGAUUAUCUCUCCAUUUUAAUUGCACAAGAUCCAAUGGCUCCGAGAGCUUCUCAUGAAAUCAAAACGCUAGAUAUUCCCUCGUGAUUCAGAGGCUCUCUUAUCUCGAUCGAGGCUGUUUGCCCUUCGCGCUUUCUUGAAAGAAAUUUCAGCUUCAGAUUUCCGAUUCUUCAAAGAGCGACAUAACUCCUUCAGAAAGUCUCACUACAACGGAGAAAUGUCGUGUUUUCUCGAAAUCUUGCGAUGCAUCCUUUGCUGUGAAGAAGACGGUAGCGAGGAAAGGAUGCGCCACCAUUACGAAGUUUUGGCUAGAAGUUCCUCACCACCCCGUUUUCAUCAGAGGAUUUCACAAGGCACAUCGAACUACUGGAGCUCUGCUCCGAUUAUCAUGUCCAAGCCGGAAUCCAUCGAAAAGCCAAGGGUGGCACCACCAAAAAUCUUCUCCUCCCCUUCUCAAUCGAUUCAACCGAGGACUUCAGUAGAUCCAGCUGCACGGGCGGCACCACCAAAACUCAUCUCCUCCCCAUCUCAAUUGAUUCAGCCGAGGAAUUCAGUAGAUCCAGCUGCACGGGUGGCACCACCAAAAGUCAUCUCUUCCCCUUCUCAAUUGAUUCAGCCGAGGAAUUCAGUAGAUCCAGCUGCGCGGGUGGCACCACCAAAAGUCAUAUCUUCCCCUUCUCAAUUGAUUCAGCCUAGUAAUUCAGUAGAUCCAGCUGCGCGGGUGGCACCACCAAAAGUCAUCUCUUCCCCUUCUCAAUUGAUUCAGCCGAGGAAUUCAGUAGAUCCAAGUGCGCUGGUGGCACCACCAAAAGCUAUAUCUUCCCCUUCUCAAUCGAUUCAGCCUAGUAAUUCAGUAGAUCCAGCUGUCAAGAAUUUGAUCAGCGAAAGAGACUGCCGGAAUCAGUCUCUGGUCGGCUUGGCUCGGGCAGGAUCUCAUAAAGAAUCACUGGCAAAGCAACCUGGAGCAUCUAGGAAUUUGACCACACCUUCCUCACCUUCUCUCCCAGUUCCUGAAAGGAAUUUAGUAGAUCCGUCCAGCAGGCUGUCUAAGCUGGAUCAGCAGAAAAAGCUACUGGGAUCACUCUCUGGAUCGGAUCAACUGAAAAGGUCACCAGCAUCACUGCCCGGGUUGGAUCUACCAAAAAAGCCACCUGAAUCGCCGAACACGGCAGGUAGGCAGAAGAGUCCGCUUCCUACCUAUGAAAUUCCUGAGAAGUUCGAGGAUCUGAUAAAGAAGGACAAGGUACCUGCAGUUCUGAGGAAGCCGUUAUCUCCAUCAACUUACAAGGACUAUUUUGCUGCUUUGCUCUAUUCUGAGGACUACCACCUUGAGAAAUGGAGUAAUUUCCUCCUCAAAGAAGUCAAUCUAAAGUUGCAUGAAGAGUCGAUGUCUAACAAAUCACGGAAGAGCAGCAAAACAGUCUACCGCAUAGAGCAGAGUGAUGAAAAUGAGAGAGUUCAGAAGGAAAAGAAGGUUUAUGUAGCCUUUGAGAUAGAUUCCAUUCCUGAGAGGCGACCCUAUCUUCUAUCAAGGGACUUUGUCUUUGUACAACCUUCUGGCAAGAAUGUUAAACCCUUCAAGGGUAUUAUCUCACGGGUGAUGAAGAGCAAGAUUGUGUUAGUGGAAUUUGGACGCGAUUUUCAUUCGCAAUAUUCAUCAACACACACAUAUGAUGUCAGCUUCUCCUUCAACAGGGUCUGCUUAAAGCGUUUCCACCAAGCAAUCGAAGCUGCUGUAGAUCCUUCAUUUGGGAACUUCCUCUUCCCCGAUCUUUUCCCUAGAUGCAGACAUAUCCCACCAACUCCCCAAAAUUUUACAUUCCGAAAUCUUGAUUUAGAACAGAUGUCAGCCCUACGCCAUAUACUAAAUUUCAGUGGUCCACCUUAUCUUGUCAUUGAGAAAUCAUGGUGCAGGCGGAGAACCAGUUCAUCGGAUUCCUCCGAAGAGACCGAAGAGACAAGAACUGAACAAGUUAUACGUGAAGCAAUUCUCCAUAUUUACAGAAGUUCUCAAGACACCCGAAUUCUCAUAACCGCUCCUACAAACAGCACCUGUGACUUGGUGAUGAAAGGCUUGCAGAAAGUGAUCCCGGACAUGGAAAUGUUUCGAGCUAAUGCAGCCUUUCGAGGGUUAGAGGAUGUGCUGGAUGACAUCCUCCCUUCAACCUUCUAUGAAGGGGAGUGCUUCAUAUGUCCUCCACUCCAAGAUCUUUGUAAAUUUAAGGUGAUCACAUCGACUUUCGUAAGUAGUUUCAGGCUUCGUAAUGCAGGAAUCAAUGCGGGCCAUUUCACUCAUAUAUUCAUGAUCGACGCUUCUUUUGCCACGGAGCCUGAAACGAUGAUCACUCUUGCGAAUCUGGCCAAUGAAUCGACAGCUGUAGUGGUCACCGGUUCUCCAACAGUUCAUCCAGGUUGGAUACGUUCAGAUAUAGCUCAGAGACAUGGAUUGAAAAGAUCAUAUUUGGAGAGGCUUCUACAGAGCAAGCCAUAUUCGAGCUGUGAUCCCAUGUUCGUUGCACAUCUGUGAUGAUGCAUUCACUGGAACAGGAGCUUGGUAUUGAAGUUGCACAAGUGCUAAUGUAAUUGCCAUAGGGAGGGAUUGAAGAUACAAUUCUAAUCAGAUGGGGCUACUGUGAAGAUGUGCAGGCUCAAAAUUCAGGUCAAUCCACUCAUUAGAUGGGUCACUCAUGUAUGAGAAAAAAAAAUGAUGGUUAGGAAAAUGACGACCACCAGUCAAUAUUCAACACCGAUGUGUUGCCCACCUGAUGACCGGCACCAAUCCUGGAUGCCAUGUCGGUACGUCUGCCAUGCUUCAAAUUCUCACCAGUGUUUUUGCUUGAAACUAUAGAAACUGUCAUUUCAGCAAAGCAGCUUUGCUACAGUGUGGUGUGGCUAUUUCAUUUUU